AUGAUCGCGCAUCACGUGGCAGCAGGACAGAGCCCAAAGAAGAUUUUCCAAGGCUCAAGCUAUACCGAUAGGAAACUCCUGCCUUCGCGUAUCGCCCUCAACACCACAAUGGCUGACCCUGUGAGCCAAGUCUUUACGCUCUCCCACCCUGAAGCCGCUCUGGUUGCAACGAUAAAACAAAUACUCGAUGAGGAUGCCGUGGAAACAGUAGUAUUUCGCUGGGGUGAACAAUAUAGGAGCGAGCGACUUACAUCUGCUACGGACGAGCUGAAAGCUGAGAUAUCAAAGAGACAUAGAUUUCGAAAUUCAACAAGGGUGUUAGAAUGCAUAAGGAUACUAUAA